AUGGACUCACCCGAUGAAGAAGGAACACGCCAUCGCCUUACACCGACCGGUGGAAGGAUCGAUAAGGAUAACGCAUUCUCACUGGCCUCCCGUGUGGUGAACAAAAUCGGCCAGCGUAACGUGCGAAUUUCAAACCUACCCCAACGGUCGAUCCGUUUCGUGAAGGAUAUCGUGACGACGCUGGUCGAGGAAAAGUGGCGUUAUGCGCUGCUGGUGUUUGUUGGCAGUUACGCCGGAAGUUGGGCGUUCUUUGCCGGAUUAUGGUACACGCUUUCAUACGCUCAUGGUGAUCUCACACAAGAUCCGGUCACGGGCGAGCGGCUCGGUGAUGGUGCGAUGCCAUGCGUUCAAGGUGCGACUACAUUUACGGGAUUUAUGCUGUUCAGCAUGGAAACGCAAAUAUCCACCGGGUACGGUGAAAAGGUUCCGACAGAGGAAUGUCCCGAAUCGUUCGGUUUGCUGACGAUCCAGCUGAUCGUGGGUUUGCUAAUUGAUGGUGCCGUGCUCGGUGUGGUUUACGCAAAGCUGGUUCGUCCUCCACAAAAAAUCUCCGAAACCAAAUUUAGCAACCGAGCCGUCAUUUGCCAGCGAGACGGUCGGUUCUGUUUCGUGUUUCGUAUCUGCGAUCGCAGGUGGCAACAUUCGAUUGAGACGAAGAUAUCGGCGGUGUUGCUUGAAUCGAGAUGCACCAUCGAAGGCGAGUGGAUCGAGAAACAUGAAUCACACCUGAAGCUGGAGAAUGAUGGACGGCAGGUACUGCUGUGGCCAGUUACCGUGUGCCACGUGAUCGACCGUAACAGUCCAUUGUACGAUCUGUCGGCGGCGGAAUUGCUCGGACGGAAGCUGGAAAUAGUGAUAACGGUCACGGGUGGAACGAUGACGACGGGGCAGAUUAAUCAGGCACGUACGUCGUACGUUCCGGCGGAUAUUUGCUGGGGCCAUCGGUUUCGGGACAUUGUCGAGUAUGAUUCCCGCAAACAGUCCUACGUCGCCCUGAACGAUCGUAUGCACGAACUCGAACAAGUGGACACGCCAUUGUGCAGCGCACGCCAGCUGGAUGUGCUUCGAAAACGGGUACGAAAAGAAAUGAAGGAAAGCCAGAGAUCUUCCCAGGCUCAGGCCCAGAAAUGUUCCCAGAAAGUCACGGACGAUUCUAACAAGUGUUAAUUGAAAUUCUAAUAAAAGCAAACAAUAUGCUCUUGAAUUGCAAAGCAGGUUUUUAAAACGCUCUUGAUCAGUCGCCUCUUUCGUGCAGCUAAAAUAAUUGCAAGAAAUAAUGGAAACCCUAACGUCCUAAUCUCAAUCAGUUGUCGAAUAUGUUUCAUUCUUGAACAC